AUGAAUCGAUAUUUAGGAGCUCGAGUUAUUAUUGCUUGUCGAAAUCUGCAUAAAGGACGUCUAGCAAUGGAGAAGCUUCUCGUGGAAACCAGUGCUAAUACAAACAAUAUUCGAUUGAUGGAAUGUGAUCUUUGUUCAUUGGAAUCGGUUCGAACUUUUGCCAAACUAUACAAUGAAGAGGAAGAAAGAUUGGAUAUCUUGAUUUGUAAUGCUCGUCUUAGUUGGUCAUCGCCUAUUAUGACUAAAGAUGGUUUCAAUGCAGUGAUUCAAGCCAAUUAUCUUGGCCAUUUUCUUCUUACAAACCUUCUAUUAGAUAAAUUGAAAAAAUGUCGACCAAGUCGUAUAAUCAAUGUAUCAUCUGAACUGCAUGACAGUAUAGAAUCAAUUAAUUGGUCAGAUAUUUUUACUCAGUUUCGAAAUCCUCAUUGGCAUGGUGCUUAUCCAUCAUCGAAGCUAUUCCAAAUUCUAUCGACAGUCAAACUGAAACAGGAUUUAUUCGCGGAACAUAUCGAUGUCUUUGCGUUGACUCCCGGCUGGUUAUCAACUUCACACAGUAGAUCAUCAGCACACGUCAUUAGUUGGUUAGCAUUCAAUCUGUCUUAUCCAUUCGUGCGUUAUUUGAAAUUCGUAUUUGCUAAAACGACUGAAAUCGGUGCACAUACAGUUGUUUAUUGUGCUGUUGAACCGACACUGGAAAAAUCAAAUGGUUUAUAUUUUCAAAAUUGUGCUAUUGCACAGCCAUCGCCAUUGGCAACUGAUCAAACAUCGGUCGAACGACUCUGGAAAAUGAGUCUUGAAGCAGUUGUACUUUGA